GUACAUGGGAACCUAUAGAUGCCAAUUGUCAAAAAAAGCGCAAAAGACGUAUAAAUACGUUUUUGGGACACUGAAGCAAUUAAAAAUAGAACAUAUUUAUACGUUUUGGGGAGCAAAUGAGUUAAUGUUCCUCUCGGGUUCCACUUUAAAGGGUUGAACAGAUGACAUGUUUAUAUCGCUUGAGUCAUACUGUGGAAGCCCGGCAGCGUAGCCAUGUGACGUCACCGCUCUGCGACGUCAAAUACAAUGGCGAUCUACUAGUUAAACUAAUUUUACCAAUUAUAUAAAAACGAAAACACCGAGAGGGGUUUCAAUAUCAAAUUAUUUUAAUUCAUAAUAAUGUUUAUCUUUUAAGAACUACAAGUCUUUCUAUCCGUGGAUCCCUCUAAAAUGUUCUCGAUUUCAAAGUUUGUGUGUAACUACAGUAUUAAAAAGGACAAGUUUUCAUUUUUCUUUAAGUGUCAUCCAAAAUAUUAGCUCUUUUAUCGUCUUGGCAGGAUCCUGCCUCCUGUGGUGUGUCAUUCUCAGAAUAAUGUCACAAAAGGAAUUUGGUCUGAGCCAAUCAUACAUAAAGUAUGGCAAACUGUAUUUUCAUUACAAUUACAUUCAUUCAUGGAUUUCAGAGCAGCGUGUUGCUGGAAAUUACUCUGCAGCUAAUAUAUUGUGCUCAACAUUUUGUUCAGUUAACUUCUUAGCAAAUGCGUAUGACAUCAUCGUAUAAACAAACAGUGCCACAAUAGUCACUAAUCUGUGUGAAAGAGGCUAAUGUGCGCUGCUUUGUCAACUUUUUGCACAAAUAAUGCUGGGUGAUAGCAUUGCCAAAGUGGAAGAUUAUGCCUCGUCAAUGAAUGAAGGAUCAGAUCCAACUCAAAUUAUCCGACACCCGUGGCGCAUCCUCUGAUCUUGCCAGUUAAGAUCACUGACUUAACACCUAAAUCUUAAUGUAAACGUCAUUAUGUGACGGGUAUACAUUUUUCAUGACUCAUGUUGAUUUCGCUCCCUUCAAAGUGAUGAGUGUAGAUGCAGCACAUUUGUAAGUGGUUAACCAUGCUUAGUGUCCUGUUUGGUUCCUUGUCAGCAUUUUACUUAUUCUAGUUUACACAUUAUUCUCUUGGCACAGUAACACCAGUGCACAUUUAAUGCCAAAGUAGCUAAUAUCAAAUGUCAUCUGUAAUCUUGUUGCUAAAACCUAAUCUCAUUAUUAUUUCCAAACGAUAUUCUAAUUUCUCCAAGGCAAGAAAGCUAAGACUUUGUAUUACACAACCAAAAUUUGUUUGAGGUACAAUAGGUCAUAAAGGUUUUACAUUCCAUUGUUGUUUUAGCCAUGUUUGUUUUCUGUAAUUUGCUAGAAAUGUAAAACUAUAGCCCCUUUCACACACAUAUCCCGGUAAAUGCCCGUGUAAGGUGACGCGGUAUUUACUCGCGUCAUUGCGUUCACGCAUGGGGAGAUCUCCCAGGAAUGACGCGGGUUGGACACUUUCACAGACUUAUCCCCUGUUGCAUACGCGCGAUUUUAUAACCCGACGUUACGUCAUUUUUGGUCGGCGUCGGCUAUCACAUUCUGUUGGUCAGAUCGUGUUCUGUUACAGAGCAGGUUGUGGGAUCGUUCCCGACAUCGUACCUGUUGCCAAUUCAAGCUCAUCAAGACUGUAUUUAAGCCCAGGCAAUUCAAGAAAAAGAAGCCGAGAUAUUAACUUGCUGGGUGCCAUUUGACACGUUGUACUCUCGAAUUUCGUGCAUUAGCUAGCUUGUUUGUCUGCCGCCCUUGUUUUGAAAUCCCCUACGUUGUGCUGGUAUUUGAGUGUAUUUUUUUUUGGUGUCAUCGGCUCUCUGCCUACCAUUUAGGUUAGUAUUAUUAAGCCCCAUCGACCUACUGUCACCGACCCAUUGUGUUAUUCCCCCUUUUCUGCAAUCGCGUGUAUUUCUGUUUGUAUUUAAUAAACCCCUUGAACACAUCCCUCCAUUGUUUUCUUCUUUGAGGUACAACCUUGUUUCCGCAGUUGCGGACCCUCACAUCGGCAACAAAAUUAACCACACAUUUUCAAAGAUGGACGAUGGACUCACUUCCUCGGCUCUACGAUCCAGUAGCAAUUUAAUUUCGUUGUUUUCAGUUUAAUUUAGCUAUUUCCGGCUUGUAAUGUUUUUACAUUUUUACAAUUGUAAUUGCUAUGUAUGUUUAACGCUUUUCGUCUUACUGCGGAGAAAGAGGAAGUGACGCUCGGCCCGCCAUGAUAUUUAUGUCAUCAGCCAUCGUGCUGUGACCCGUGAAUUUAACGCCUGCUUUCACACACACCGCUUCCCGGGAAUGUCCAGGACAUUAUACUAAGACGUGACUCGGUAAAUGUUCACGUCAUCUCCGUGUCAGGGAAAUUGCUUUCACAUAUAAGGGCUACCUGUUUAAAUCCCGGUAUUUAAACGGUGUUCAGGUGUAUGUGAAAGGGGCUUAUGUAACCAGAUACCUGACUUGGACCUUGAGUGACAGGACAAGACAUCUUUUAGAUACCAGAAGACGUAUCAGUUGGUAUUCGGUUGGUUGACAGGCUGAGAAUUCUUUGGCAGAAACUAAGAUUACAAUUUCCAUAUUCAGAGCACUUCAACAAAUAGGAAAGUUGUUACAUUGUGAAUUGCAUAAUUGUUUGACUUUGGUUUAGAAUCAGUUUUAGUGGAUUGAUUAAAACCAAGCAGUAUGUAUAAAAAUAUAUUCAGCUAACAUAGGAUUUGCGCUCUCUGCCUAAGUAAGAAUUAUGCAGAUAUGGUUGUUUCAUGAGCAGGGGGUGGGGGGAUGUGGUUCUGUUAUACACACAGCUGUGCAGCCUAGAUAUGUAGUUAAGUCUAGGAAGCAUACAUGCUACACAUUCUGCUGGACCGUGUCAUCAGAAAGUCUGACUACCGCCCUUUACCUCCCACUUUUUGCCCGUCACGACUCAUGUCUUUUUCCCAGUCUGACACACACGCAUACACGUUCUCUUUCCCUCCCCUCCCCCAAUUCCUGACUCCUUUCCCUCCUUCCCUUGCCAAGGUUUCCACUUCAUUCAAUAAAAUUAAGUUGUAUCUCCUCACUACCGCCACUUCCUCUUCCCUUCAGCAAAACCAUGCUUACACGAAAAGUACACCCACACAAGUGUGCAAACAUAAGUCGCUUCAAGGCUAAUACUUGAGGCUGUUAGCCCCCUUCCCAGACGGGGUGUGUCAAGGAUUUUGUCCGGAUCGUGUCGUAAUAAAUCUGAGUUUGGCAAGGGGGUAUACAUUUUUUUUAAAAACUUGCCGAUUUUUAUUCUUUUUUUUUCUUAUUGUGAAAAUAAGAAAUUGGCACAAAGCUAGCCACAAGGGGUGAAGAUGAAGGUUGGGGUCCUCAAGUGCUGCUCCAGGUUUGUUUCAUUUCAUUUGCUCUGUAAUGAGUCUUGUUAGUGUAGUGCGAGGCUGCUAGAUCUGACUCGGGAGUUCAAAGUCAAGCCACAGGGAGGGAUGGAGGGAGGGCGUGAGAGGAAAAGGCAAGGCAAAGAUGCAAAGAAAACAUACAGCCUCAACAAGCCCUCACUUGAAAACUUUUGGUUGCAAGAAAAUGUCAAACUUUUUUCUUUUUAAACUCACUUUCCCCCAAUCGCUGGCCUGUCAUAUGAACCCUCUCACUUCAAGUUCUGAAAGGAAGGUGCAGCUUGAAGGAUAUUUGAAAAAGUUCACAUCUCUACAUGACUGUGCGUCUGUGUGUAUACUGGGUGCAUGUGUGUCCACUCACGUCUGAGUCUGUGGGAAUGAUUACAUCAGCCCGCGAGUGUCUUAUGAUUGGUUGGUGAGCGUGUGGUUUGAUUCACUGCGCCUUGGAGCCGGUGGCUGAGGCUGUAACCCUUUUGUGAGAGAGGGAGGGAGUGAGAAAGCGAGAGAGAAAGAGAGAGAGAUGGGGGAGGAGGUAAAGAAAGAUAGUUGUCAGACUCAGCCGGCACAGCCAGCUCUGUCCUAUACCUGCUGCCGUCUCCUCGCAGUGUCUGUUCUGUGAGCUGAACCGGACUGAGACAGGCUGUUGGACUCACUAACAGUUCUUUGGUUCUGGUUGGCAGAUAGAUUGAAGUGUGUAUGGUGUGUGACAGACAGAGCUACUGUCAACUGCUGGUAUUUUUUGCCUUUCUCUUUCUGGACCAGAGAAGGUGACAGCUGGGCUUUCCGUCUUAGUGUGUGUGUAUGCGAAUGUGUGUAUGAGUGGACAGACAGGCUCCUUCCAAAAAUGCCUUCGUGUUCCCCGGACUGCUGCAUAUUGCGGGCCGUGGAGAUUGUUAAGGUCUCAACUGAAGACGGCAUGGGCAAAGUGGUGGAGAUCCCAGCCGACAUGACAGCCAGGGACCUUUGCCAGCUCCUGGUUUAUAAAAGCCAUUGUGUAGACGACAACAGUUGGGCACUUGUUGAGCACCACCCGCUGCUGGGUCUAGAGCGCUGUCUAGAGGAUCAUGAGUUGGUGGUACAGGUCCAGGCUUCCAUGAGCAGUGAUGCUAGAUUCCUCUUUAGGAAGAACUAUGCCAAAUAUGAAUUCUUCAGAACUCCUCUGACGUUUUUCCCAGAGCACAUGGUUGCAUGGUGCCAGGAAACCAAUCGUCUGAUUCCGCCAUCGCAGCUCCUGCAGAACUUUCUAGCAACCAGUAGUUGUCCAGAGAUUCAGGGUUAUCUGUAUGUAAAAGAGGUGGGCAGAAAGUCGUGGAAGAAAGUUUACAUGUUCCUGCGGCGCUCAGGACUUUACUGUUCUACAAAAGGAACCUCAAAGGAGCCCAGACAUCUCCAUUUACUAGCAGACCUUGAAGAUAGUAACAUCUUCACUGUCAUCACAGGAAAAAAGCAGCACGGUGCACCCACAGACUAUGAGUUUUGUAUCAAGCCUAAUAAAUGCAGAGGGGAGUUAAAGGAUUUAAGGAUUCUGUGUGCUGAAGAUGAACAAGGGAGGACAUGUUGGAUGACUGCCUUUAGAUUAUUUAAGUAUGGGAUUAUAUUGUACCAGAAUUACAAGAUUCCCCAGCAAAGAAAAACCCUGCUUUCACACUUCUCAGCACCCGUGCGAAGUGUGUCCGAAAACUCUCUGGUCGCGAUGGAUUUUUCAGGAACAAUAGGCCGGGUCAUCGACAACCCUGUGGAAGCUCAGAGCGCCGCUAUGGAGGAGGGACUGGCAUGGAGGGUGAGUCUCAAACAGCAGAAGUCUAAAAGACACAAGGGAACACAUUUUUUUGUUGAGUGACAGUUGUUCUGACAGCUGUUUUCAACUCAUUUUUCGGUGCUGAAUCCAAAACUGAUCUCAGAUUUUCUCUGCCACAUCAAGAAAAUACACCUUGGUUACAGCCCGGAGUAACACUCUAAAUCGGUGGUUUUUAACCUAGGUUCGAUCGAACCCAAAGGUAAAGAAAUGCUAAGCCCUAUUUUCUUACGCUGAUUAAAUCUAGGUAAAGUGGCUUUUUAGACCAGGUUUUAGACUGGUUUGCUCCCAAUUUACUGGCCUAAUCCAAUUCUUUUAACUGUGAGUCCUUGAUUUGGUGGGAAGGGGAACUGGUUUGCUCAAUGGAAGGUUGACUUGCACUUGGUAUGAGGGAAUACAACAGACCAAUGGGUAGUGUGGUCUCAAAUUUUGACUUGUUUAUAAACAUGAUGUCAAAAUAAGAACAAUUUUGAACGGGAAUUUGCUAAAUUAUUAGCUUGCUAGCUUAGAUAUGGCGGAAAACAUUCAGGUGACUUGAGGUUCUGCUCUGAGACCCUCAAUUUGGCCAAAUUUCAAGAUUGUCCUAUAUGCAUGUGUGAUACAUCACUGGAAAGAUUAAAAUCUCAAUUUUCUGGGGGAAGAAAAAAUUUGAACAGGAAGGCAUUUUUUUUAAAAAAACUUUUUUUUUGAAACUUCUAAACUAGUGGUCUCCAAACUAUUCUACAAAGGGUGGAGGAUUUCACUCCAACAAAACAAGACGACACCUUUUUACCAAUCUGGUGUUUUAUAAGUGUAAUCAGUUGAUUGCAGUCAGGUGCUGCUUGUUUUAGUAGAAACCGCAUUGGUUAAAAGGUCUGCGCUUGAUCGGUAUGAACAAAAACCAGGACCCACAGUGGCCCUUGAGGACCGUUUUGGAGACUCCUGUCCUAAACCCUAACUCGAGGUGAGAGCAUGAGAGAGCAUAAUUAAAGACACCAUGAUUUUAACGAGAUAUUAUCGCGUACUUACCUUGUUUGGAUCCAAAAAUUCUGUGUAGCAUGUCUCACCGAGUGUCAAGACACAGCUGUUAAUGGCCACAGCCGGACUUUUGGGGGAUUUUAUGGGUGAAACACGGUAGUACGUAUAACAAGGGUCGCAAUGCAGAAAUUGCAGACAUCAAGGAGUGGUCGAGAUUUUUUUUUUUUUUUA